GCCUACUCCACCAAAGGGGAAGAAGGGGCCCAGCAGCAAAAGCAGCUGCAAGCCUCUCCUCUCCUCUCCUCAUCAGUGCAGAGCCAAGAACACAUCUUCUCCUCCUUUUCCUUCCUUCCCGUUGCUCCUCCAGAUCCCAGGGUUGGGUUCAUGCGUCAGGAAGCGUAGCAGCAAUCUACAUGGUGGCAGGGGGAAGAUGAUGAAGCCGCAGCACGGCAUGGCCGGGCAUGGAGGAAGGAGGACCCCUUUCUUGACAUCGUACGCGCUCACGCUCGCCUUCAUCACCUUCGUCUCCGUCCUCUACUUCAAGGACUUCUCGUCGACGCUGCACCAGCCCUUCCUCAGCCGCCCGCCGCCGCACCGCCGGCAGAUCGGCCGGCCCCGCGCCCCCGCGCGCCACCAUGGCGGCGGCAGCAGCAACUCCGGUGAUGCGCUGCCGCCGUUCGCGGUGGGCGCGGCGCCGGCGGGGUGCGACGUCGGGCAGGGGGAGUGGGUGUACGACGAGGCGGCGCGGCCGUGGUACGCGGAGGAGGAGUGCCCCUACAUCCAGCCGCAGCUGACGUGCCAGGCGCACGGCCGCCCCGACACCGCCUACCAGCACUGGCGCUGGCAGCCGCGCGGCUGCCCUCUCCCCAGCUUUAAUGCAACCCUAAUGUUGGAGAUGCUGCGGGGCAAGCGCAUGCUGUUUGUUGGAGAUUCUCUGAACCGUGGUCAGUAUGUGUCACUGAUCUGCCUCCUACAUCGGUCCAUCCCUGAGAGCUCCAAAUCCAUGGAAACUUUUGACUCGCUUACGGUUUUCAGAGCAAAGAACUACAAUGCCACCAUUGAGUUCUACUGGGCUCCCUUUCUAGCUGAAUCAAAUUCUGAUGAUGCUGUUGUUCACCGUAUUGCGGAUAGAAUUGUAAGGGGGACGGCCAUUGCAAAGCAUGCCAGGUUUUGGAAAGGAGCUGACAUCUUGGUAUUCAACAGCUACCUUUGGUGGAUGACUGGACAAAAGAUGAAAAUUCUGAAAGGUUCUUUUGAAGAUCAGAGUAAGGACAUUGUAGAAAUGGAAACAGAGGAUGCCUAUGGGAUGGUACUGAAUGCAGUGGUGAAAUGGGUGGAGAACAACAUGAACCCCAGAAGUUCAAGGGUCUUUUUUGUUACAAUGUCACCCACUCAUACCAGGAGCAAAGAUUGGGGCGACUAUUCGGAUGGAAAUUGCUACAACCAAACUGCUCCGAUCAGAGAUUCGUCAUACUGGGGUCCAGGAACUAGCAAGGGUUUGAUGCGCGUCAUUGGAGAGGUGUUCAGCACAUCCAAGAUCCCAGUGGGGAUCGUCAACAUCACCCAGCUCUCCGAGUACCGCAAAGACGCGCACACCCAGAUAUACAAGAAGCAGUGGAACCCGCUGACCCCGGAGCAGAUCGCCAACCCCAGGAGUUACGCAGAUUGCACGCAUUGGUGCCUCCCAGGUCUCCAGGACACCUGGAACGAGCUGCUCUACUCGAAGCUGUUCUUCCCUUGAUCAGAAGAUCUCAGUUCGUGCUGUGCAGUCUGGAGCACUGAUCCAAUUUGUCUGAAGAGAAUUUUGCUGAAUGCCACGUCCAAGUUGCGAGUACAAUAUAUAUAUGUCACCUGCAGAGUUCUGACGGCGCUGGAGAAGAGUCAGUCUAACAUCAUCAUACAGGUCCAAGCAUUCUGAAGAUUACGAUCGGAUCAUACGUAUGCAAGGAGCACUAAAUGGAGAUUAUCAUGGAAAUGGUGAGCUCGUUGAAAAGCCACAUGCAUACUGUACUACUAAUCAGUAAUCACAUGGCUGCUGAUUGUGUUGAACAUGAAUGUCGAGGCGACAGUAUUCUUGUAGUCGCAUGGAGAAUAUUUUGUGGCCUUUCCGAGUUAAUGAAAGCUAAUCACAUGGCUGUUGAUUUUGCUGCA